AUGGCUAUGGCUGUGGCUAUGGCGAAGGAGAAAUCAGAGGUUUUUUUCAUCCCAACGCCACUUAUGGGACAUGCUGGUUCCCUUGUUCAGCUAGCCACCCUCAUGGCCGAUCGAUUUCACCAUCUUUCCAUUAAUGUACUUGUAAUGCACCUCCCAAAUGAUCUCCUUCUCACCAAUUACACCAACUCCCUAGCUUCUUCUGAAACUAGUCGGCUCAAAUUCAUCCAAUUCCCUCAAGUGGAUCUUGAUGCGUUUCCAAAUUGCCCAAGUGCCGGUUUCCUCGCCGAUGCUGUCAUCGAGCACCAUAAGCCCAUCGUCAGGGAACUUGUGGCCGCUCGCCCUAGACUCCGUGCAUUGAUCGUUGACAUGUUCUGUACAUCGAUGAUUGAUGUUGGCGAUGAAUUUGAUAUCCCUACCUACACCUUCUUCACCUCCAAUGCAGCUUUUCUUGGGAUCAUGUUUCAUUUUCAGACCCUACACGACGAACAUGGUCAGGAGAUAUCUGAAUUGGCAGAGCCGGGACCUCCGUUAACCAUCCCGAGCUAUGCAAACCCGAUUCCUCCAAGCGUUUUGCCAUUCGUGUUUUUCGACAAGGACUCAUGGUCCAAAAGGUUUCUUCGCUACACCCGAAAAUACAGAGAAGCCAAGGGUAUAAUCAUAAACACGUUUCGAGAAUUAGAGCCCCAUGCCCUCCUUUCCUACGACGAUAAAACACCACCCGUCUACACGAUCGGUCCCAUGUUAAAACCCGAAACGCUUCCACAAAACAACGAGCUACUUCAAUGGUUGGAUGGUCAACCAGUGUCGUCGGUCCUGCUUCUAUGCUUUGGAUCAAGGGGGUGCUUCAAUGUGGAGCAAGUGAAACAAAUAGCAAUUGGUUUAGAAAGAAGCGGAUACAGGUUCAUAUGGUCCCUGCGCGAACCAUCGCCGGAAGGCCGGAAAGGAUUCCCAAGCGAGUACAUAGACUACAAGGAAGUCCUACCAGAUGGGUUCCUGGAUCGUACAGCCGGAAAGGGGAAAGUGGUUGGGUGGGUGCCGCAGACGGCGGUGCUGGGCCAUGUGGCAGUCGGGGGGUUCGUAUCUCACUGUGGGUGGAACUCCAUACUGGAGAGCAUCUGGUAUGGAGUUCCGAUUGCGACAUGGCCAUUAUACGCGGAGCAACAGUUAGAUGCACAUCAAUUGGUGAAGGAAUUGGGGUUGGCAGUGGAGAUAUCGUUGGAUUAUAAUCAGUUAAACAAGAAUCAGAGAUUGGUGAUGGGUGAAGAGAUUGAGAAGGGAAUAAGGGAGGUGAUGGAUAGCAAAAGUGAGGUUCGAGCAAAGGUGGCAGAAAUGAAAGGAAAGAGCCGAAUGGCAGUGGAAGCAGGAGGUUCAUCGUAUACCAGUUUGGGAGACCUUGUUCAUGUAAUUAGCUGUUGAAGACGAUAGAUAAUCUUGGAACAGUAUUUCCCGUUAGUCUCUUUGGCAAAACAACUUUUUCAGAAAUAAAAUUAAAUAUUUAAGUCAUCAAAAUAUUUUCUGUUAAGCUAAUUGUUUGGUAGUCUCUUUGGGAAAACAAAAUUCUCAUAUAUUAAAUAUAUAUUUUGGGCUU